AUGUCAGGCAAAAUAGUGAGGACUGUCAAUGUGGUGCCCUUAGUUAAAGUGAAGAGGGAGAUACGUUCCGAAGAUGAGGAUGAGGACAAGGUGUCGUGCAAGUUAUGCUGCAAGAACUUCGCGAGUGACGUAGCCCUGAGGAACCAUGCGCGGAUGGAGCACAUAGAUGCGUUUGCGACGGGAGACCCAUCCGUUUGGACGAAUGUACUUUCGCCCAAAAGACCGUCAACAGAUGAAGAUGAUCAGAUAAAUGAGAUUGAACAGAAAAAGAGGGAACUCAUCGCCACCAUGGGCCCCACCAACUUAGUUUCCCUGGCAUCGAAAGACGUCAGUUACAUUAUAGUGAAGUCAGAAAACUGCCCCGAGCCUGUUAAGAGGAGAAGGUUGGAUAAGAUGAGUAAAGGAAAGAAAGAGAAACAGACAAAAGUCGCUACACCAAAGAAGGAAAAAGACCCUCCACCCAUAACGGGUCCGUUUGAAUGCCUCCAACCAUCUAACCUGAUAGCGGAUGGAACCUGUCACCAAAUAUUCUUCUCGUGUUGCGAGUAUUCCAUACACUACCGGGACGAGCACACAAGGAGACGCAAAGGAUUAAAAUGUCAAGUCUGCGAGAAACCACUUAACGCUGUAGACGAGAACCAGUCAUUAUACAAUUGUGAGAUUUGCGGAGUUGGCUUCCAAUCUAGCAAAGAGCUAUCAGAUCACAGAUCGGUAGCUCAUGUCAAACUAAAGCCGUUCGAGUGCAUGAUAUGCCAUAAGAGAUUCACACAGCAAGGUGGCCUGCAGCAGCACACUCGAAUGCACACAGGCUACCGUCCCUACUCCUGCGAGGUCUGUUCCAAAACCUUCACCCAGAAGUCGGGACUGGACCAGCACACCAGGACUCACACCAAAGUGAGGCCGUACCGCUGUAUUAUAUGCAGCAAGACUUUUUGCCAGUCGGUCCAUCUGAAACAACACAUGCGGACUCACACCAAUGUGUCCCCCUUCCAGUGCGGGAUAUGCGAAAAGCGUUUUAAACAAAGCAGUCAUCUCAACUAUCAUUUGAAAUAUCAUAACCCGGCAACAAUGACGGAGGAGCAGAAGAAAAAAUAUGUGGAAUUAGUCGGUUUAAUUGGACAAAAUGAAUCUGAGCAGAAUUCCUCUGAACAGAAUUACUCUGAACAGAAUUACUCUGAACAAAACGAAACGGAAACCGUUGAAGAGAUAAUAGAAUGUCAACCAGAGUUUGAACAAUCCUCGCAAAUUCAAGUUGAAGUGGAGACUGAAUAUGUUUUGAAUGAAUGUGAAACUGAAGACAAUGAGACGUGGUGUGUUACGUUGGGAUAA